GCAUGUCUCGAACUCCCGGCAUGCUCGUUGCUGGCGAGUAGACACUAAAUACUGUCUGUGUCGUUACAUUUUCACGGGACUUUUCCUCGUUUUUGCACCUCUCUACCAUUUAUUAUUACUUUUUUUGUCAUAAAAAAUAGAGGGAAGAAAACGAGACAGGUCGGUGUUGUGCUUCACGGGUUUGUGAUUUGUUCUGUGCUGCGAAAUUUUUCGGCGAGGAGGCGAAAUAAUUGAGGUGAACCGGGGGACCCAGUGAUUUUUUGAGAAUCUGACAGUGAGUGUGUGCCAGGCAGCUCGAAAAGACGCUCGCAGAUUCGUAUUUGACGUGAUUGUUCGCCGAGUGGCAGUGGUUCAGAGAGCUUUUUCGAGUUUAUCCAGUGCACGGGAGUACGGUUUCAGGAGCUUUUUCAGCUCAAUACGACUGUUUUAAUUGUUUGUAGUUGUUAACAGUUGGGGAGAGCAAACUGCGAUUUACGGAGUUUAUGUGGGAGUUUGGGGAAGAGUUUGAAUAACGCACUCACUGAUAAAUGAAAGGAUAAAACUUGAGAAUUUAUUCGGAGUUCUGGGGAAUGGAUAAACAGGUUGUGGUGAAGUGAGUGAUUUUUUUUUACUGAGUAUAUCCUGACGAGUGGUUUCAGUGAAGAAAUAUUUCGGUUGCAGUUUAUUACUGGGAUUUGUUCAAUUAUUGGAAGGCGCAUUUUUAAUUGAUUUGUUAAUUGAAAGUUUGUGAGCUCUGGAGAUUUGUUUUUUUUUCAUGAUCAGUGCCUGGGUCGUGUCCAGUGAUAUUUAUAUACAUCUUAAAAAACUGGUAACAGACACGCAUCUUCUUCUGCUGCUGCUUCCCCCCUCUCCCCCGUACCCCUUUCCACUGUUGACUUCUUCUCCCGGCAAUGUUAACGGUGGAAUUCCGCUCUAGAGGAAUCUGAAGGCGGGGACUCUGACGUCACUCCGCUCAUGAUAAUGAGAGCGCAGUGAAAUAUGCCAAGGAGACGGAAUGGGGAGAUACCACUUCCGGACGGGUGGGACGUCGCCCAGGAUUUUGACGGAAAGACGUACUUCAUCGAUCAUAAUACGCGGAAAACCACCUGGAUCGAUCCUAGAGACAGAUUUACGAAGCCUCAGACGUUCGCGGACUGCAUUGGGAAUGAGUUGCCCCUUGGCUGGGAGGAGGCAUACGACAAACACGUGGGCGCUUACUACAUCAAUCAUGUCAACCAGACGACCCAGCUUGAGGACCCGAGGCAAGAAUGGAGGGCCAUACAAGAGGCCAUGCUCAGAGAGUACCUGCAAACCGCACAGGACGUACUCGAGGCGAAGAAGGAGAUUUAUGACGUGAAACAGCAGAGGCUGUGUCUGGCUCAAGAUGAGUAUGAUCAUCUCAAUAAUGCACUCACUACCCUUGGAGCAUCGCGCACGAGUUUGUGCUCGAGCUCUAGCUCACUCAGUACCAAGUACGACCCGGAUCUUCUCAAGUCUGAUGUGGCAUUGGCGAGGGACCGAGUAUCGAGACUCAAGAGGGAACUGGAGCAGAUACGGGCUGAGAUGAAUUGCACUCAACGAGGAGUCGACACCCUAGCGAGUGUGGAGCAAAAACUAAACGCCCAUCACGGUGGUUGUUACAACAUAACGGAAGCCCAGGCGAUAAUGACAGAGCUCCGUAACAUUCAAAAGUCCCUCUCCUCCGGGGAAAAGGAAAAAGCCGAACUGAUGCAAUCUCUAGCCCAACUAAAAGACGAGCUCACAAGGCUACAGCUCUGCGAGGGAAGUCCCGACGCGAGUACCCUGAGUCUUCCCCAAGAGAAGCUCAGCACAGCCUCGCAAACCGACUUAUCCGGGGAGCUAGUCCCAAUAGGCACACGCCUCGCCGAAAUGGCGAGGAUGAGAUUACAAUACGACGAGGCUCGAAAAAGAAUUCAAGCCAUUCAACAGCAAUUAGCAGACCUCGAGGAGAAAGUCACCCCAGGGCAAACAGAAAGCGACAAGGACAAGCUUCUCCUCUUCCAAGAGAAGGAGCAACUUCUGCGCGAGCUGAGGAGCAUUACCCCGAGAACAAGGACCCACCAAGACAUGAAGAAGAUCCAGUGUGAGAUCAGAAGAUUGGAGCAAGACUUGAACAAUGCAUUAGAGCUUUCAAACAAGACGAUAACAGACAGAGUGAGAUUGCACGAGGAGAAGCAGCUCCUGCUGCAACAGUUGCGAGAUGCUUUGAGAUCUAUGGCGAUGUUGGAGGGCCAGUUGAAGACACUGAGUGCCAGUACCCUCUCAGUGAGCAGCAGUUCGAGCCUCGGAAGUUUGAGCACGACGAGCAGCAAGGGAAGCUUGAGCUCAGGCUUGAGCUUCACUGACAUCUACGGAGGGCCUCAAUGUCUCGGGACGGUUCAGCAAGAGCGACCAGUGGACAUGGUGGACCUUCACAGGAGAGUCGAUCGGUUGCUCCGAGGCUCUGAGCAGAAUCUAGGGAGUAUGGGGACCCCAUCCCCUGGAAGAUCACAGCCAAGUCUCUCUCCCAGGUCUAGCCUGUCUUCUGUCAGCCCUCCAGUGUCUCCUCUCUACGAAAAUGCUCCGAUGGGUCCGCCUCCUGCUUAUGAGCAAGUGGAACUCCAGAGGAGACAGCAGCAGAGGCUCUUGGGUCCUGCCACUUCACAUUUAGACAGGUGUCAGCUCGAAGAUAAACUCGCCGAGUUGAGAUUGAGCCAGCAAGCCAUUCAGGAACAAAUAACUGCCAGCACUGAGAAGCUCAAGUUCAGCCCUCAACCGCCCUUGGAAAUGCAGAGUGGAAACAUGUCGCAGGGGAGUGGCCUGGGGAGGCCGGCGUUGUCGCUUCCUCAGGAACCUCCCUUGUCGCCUAUUAGUGAGACUCCACCGCCUAUUGGCAGCAGGUCCAGGGCCAGCAGCUCUGGGACCAACACCAGGUCCGUUUCUGCUGCUGUUUCUGAUGAGAGUGUUGCUGGGGAUUCUGGGGUUUUCGAGGCUUCCAACAGGCGGAGACUGUCUGGGAUGCAGAGUGUGGAUAGUACUUCGUUUGGGGAGAUGAAUCUGGAGACUGCUCAAGUGCAAAUUAAACUGAGGUAUUCAGUGAGUGACGGACUUCUCCAUAUCGGCAUAGAAAGAGCGCGAAAUCUGGCUGCUCUCUUCAUACCCGACAACACUCGAGUGUAUAUCAAGGCCGCUCUACUGCCCAUGCAACCACCGAUCAAUCACAUGUGCUGCACUAAAGCUGUGACGGAUUUGCGGAAACCAACGUUUGGGGAGAGCUUUCCAAUUUCUGUUCCACUCAAUAAAUUGUACACGAAAACACUACAGGUCAAUGUUUGGUGUACCAGUGGGGAAUCUGAGGAGUGCUUGGGUUCAGCCCAAGUCUCACUUGCAGAUUUCAGUCCCGAGUCUCCCUCAGUAAAAUGGUACAAUAUCCUCUCCUUCCGUUUCAUGCAGCCAUCAACCCCAGAGACCCCGUCUUCCUCCUCGAAGCAUCGUCACGACAAGCAGGAAUCCGACAUCUCGGUCUACCGAAGUACCCAGUCCCAAAACACCAAAGAGGAGAGUAGCGACGAGAGCACCAUCAUCAGCUCGCAGACCUCCACUCUGACCCGUAACCAGGGCUGCGAGGAGCUCCAAACUACUGUCUCCCUUCGCCUGGAGGAGCUUGAGAAUUGCCUAGGGAGUCCCGAAGAGGAGGACGAGGAACGAGACACCGACAGUGGGAGUGAGGACAGCGAUGAAGAGGGCAUUCUCGUGGAGUUCAUGAUGGAGGACAAUGUCCUGGAGGACGUACUAGAACAUGAAGAGGAGGAGGAAGAGGAGGAGGAGGAGGAAGAGCUUGAGGAGACCACCAAGACACUGGACAAGGAGACCAACACUGAAUGCAUCUUCAUUCCCGAGCAGGGUAAGCAGAGGAAAUUGUCGGCAGCUGGGGUAGUUCCUGGUGCUGUUCAUGACGAUAAGAACUCAAUCUUCAUCAAGAGGAGUCAGACAUUCUCACCGAGCGCUGCAGUCAGCAGAAAUCAUUACAUCUGUCGGUUGAAUAGGAGCGACAGCGACAGUUCGAUGCCUCUGUAUCGUCGUGGUGGACCUUUCCAACGGAAUUCUGUGGAGAGGAGGUCGUUACGUUGGCGGAGACCCUCGUCAGCUCUGAGUUGCAAGACAGUCUCCAAGAAGUCGACUCAUCUACCCCAGACUGCCAGAACUUCCCUGGAUCUGGAGCUCGAUCUUCAGGCACAACAUGCGAGGUUGAAUAAUCUUCAUGAUGAGCUGAACAGGUUGAGGGACCUCAAGCAGAGGCUGGAGACUGCCAGGGAGAAGGGGGAUGCCGAUCUUGCUGGGUGGCUGUUGGAGGACCACAAGUUCCAGAGACUCAUGGCCCAGGCUGAGAGCGGGAAGAAUGGGAAGAGUGUGGAGGAUAAGAAGGUGGAGAAAAUGCUGAAGAAGACUUCCAAGGAGAUUUAUAAACUGAGGAAAACUAAGGCGGGGAAGGGGAAACCUGAUAUUAUAUCUUUUAAAGAAAAAAUGGCAUUCUUCACUCGAGUGAACCUCAACGUCCCAGUUCUUCCCCCAGACGAGCAGGAAUCCAUCCAGAUUCACCACAAACGUCACUCAUCAGAGCCCUGCACUGGCCACACCUCUCGUUCAAUCACCCAAACAUCAGCAAUAAAUUCAACGAUAAUAAGUGCGCGAAUUGACACUAGAGAAUCGUCUAAAACCAGUACAAGUGUUCAAGUUACAACGAAUGGUACUGACAUGAAUAAAUCAAUCCGGGAGAUAACUGAUGAUAAAAGUGAGGAAACAAAUGGCGAGCCGAAGAGGUACGAGUACGUAGUUGACAGAGUGCUUGGUGUUGAAGUUUAAAACGAAUGAAGAAAAGAAAAAAACAAAAAAAAAUCACUGUAAAUACAUAAAUUAUUUAAUUCCAAACGAAUGUGCGAUAGAACUAUUUAACUCGUGAAUUCAUGUAUUCGAAUCUUCACUCCAAUUUGUUUCCUAUUUUUCAUCGAUGAUUUUUAUUGAGGAAUGGGGUACGUCACCCACCGAGCAGCUGGACUGCGCCUAAAAACAAAGAGAAAAGAUGAUAAAAAUGGAAAAAAAGUAGAAAUCCUGUGCCUUAGAUAUCCGAAUCCCCUUCAAUAAAUUUAAAGAAUUGGAAAAGAAAUUUUACAAUGAAUUUAUAAGACAAGAAAAUUUUUUUGUUAAGGAUGUUUCUCGGGAACUGUACGCAUUCAGAAAAUUUCUGUUUUUUCCAACCUGCAAACAGAGAAAAUUUUAUGUUCUUCAAAUGUUGAUUAAAUUUUUAAUCAACUGAAAGUUUUAAUUAAAGUUUCUAAAUAUCUCACUAUAUUUUUUCACAUUUUCAUCCAUUUUUAUUUUCAUUUUUGAAGUCUUCCAAUAGGUGAAUUAUUAAUUGAAAAAUGAGUCUCAUGAGAGUCCAUAUAUAAGAUAAAACGUUCAUUUCGUUCCGUUAAAAUUUGAUUUCCUAAAAAUUAAUAAACAUCCUUAAGAAGAAAAAUUAACGAGUGCCUACAAUUCUGUCCAUACUGAGCCACGUGAUUUUCCUGCGCUGUGUAAUUUAAUAAGUGCCUUAAAAGAAAAAUGAAAAAAAAAAACUCGAAACGAAUGAAAGAUAAAGGAAGAAAAAAUCGUUAAUUCAAAUAGUGAUUGAUGACAUAAUGUUUAUGAACAUCACGUCUGCAUAAGACUCCCGACAUUCUGAUAAAUUAAUGACAUCAGUCCCUGGUUUAACUGCAGAGUUGAAUUAAUGGCUUUUUGAAUAAUUGAGGGUUUAUAAUCUCGGUAAAUGCGUAGUCUUAAUAUCUCCAGAUUGAGGGGGAAAAUAAUUCCCUGCUGUCCAUUAUUUUUCUUCAACUCUAUUUUUGUCUCAUAAAUUGUAUCAAAUGGUAGACCUCCCGCGGAACUGAUUGUACGAAAAAGUUAUGUUGAAAAUACUCAUGAAAAAAAAAUGGAGGAAUGCAACUUUCUCGUAAAUAUCUUAACGUAACGAAGAGGUUCACAAAAAUAAAAAUAAAAAAUUUGUAAAGAAUUUUAUGAACUUAAAAAAUGGAAUCGUGGAAUUUUUUCUUUGAACCCAAUAAUUGUAAAAGAAAUUCUAUGAAAUUCUGUGAUUGACUCAUCUACAAAAAAAGAUUGACAGAUUAUUUCGUAAAAAUUUCAAAAUCAAAAUUCCAAGAUCUUUUUUUAGUCCAUGCAAUUCUCCAUUAAACAAUGUUCUCUGAACCAAAUUUCACUCAAAAGAAUGGAAUGUAAAAAAAAGAUUGCGAGGUGUGAAGAGAAUUCAAUUCAUCUCAUUUCUCAUUUUUUCCUUUUCAAAAAUGUUAUAAACUAGUUGAUCUAGACACGCAAGGCACUAAUGAACGAAUUACCCUCGUACCGGUAUUAAAGCUAAGAAGGAAAACGAGAGACAAGAAAUUGAAAAAAAUGGGAGAAAUGAUUACGUGCAGAAUUUUUUUUUCAAAGAUGAUUAAGACUUCCGCAGUUCAACGGAAGUCUUACAUCGUUCGUGAGUCAAAUGAAAGGGGAUAAUCAGAAGGGAGGAGCACUAGGUUUUUAUCACAUAAAUUAAAUGUUGAAUCUAGCGAAAAUAAAUGGAGGGAACAUUGAGAAUGUUAUUUUAAAUAAAAGAAUUGAAUUUUGUACAUAAUAUUGUACAUAUGCAUCGAACGAUUGCGUUACAAAGUAAUAAAUAUUACUCUAAAUUUUCACUAUAUAUAUUAGAUAUAUAUAUGUAUACAUAUAACGUUGUAAAACAGAGUUAUUUUUUAGAUACACGAGAGUAACUGGAGAUGAUCGAUUGAUAAUUAACCCAUUAUAAAUACUGCGUACGAAAUGACGAACAGACGAUUUUUAAAAAUUUAAACACUGAACAACUAGAGAGUAUGAUGAUGGAGUAGAGAACAAUACCCAUGUAUUAUUAAUGUUUACAAUGAAUGCUUUGUAAAAAUGAUUCGUAUAUAAAUAAUUGAUGAAAAAUUA